CUGUGACUUCAAUCGACCCAUUCCAGCAAGAACAUGCGAAAACUUUUCUUACAUACCUUUCGUCGAUAUGCUGCAACACUUGCGGAAUUUAACCAGUGUGCCCCUCGUACUUCAAUCACUGCUCACACUGAACAACUGAGAAAUAUGUCGUCUGUGCUGCACAAAUUCGUUUCGUAUCCGGUGGGAGAUUUCGACCGUUUCAUCAGCCCCUUUCUCAAAACCGAAUUGGUCGAGGAGUUGGCCACAUUUGGGGAUUAUUCGCUUCUCUUACGUCGACCUAGUUUAAGUAUAGUGAAGGAUUUACUGCGUAUUCGCGAGCUUCAAACGCAGCCGUCGGGUGACACUUCGGUUUCAGGUGAUCUCAACCUUCAGAGUCACGCGGUUCCUCGGUUUGUUACCUACGGACAACCGGGGACUGGUAUUUCGGUGACCUUGGCGCAAAUUUCACACUUUGCUGCUACAAAUAAUUGGCUCGUCUUUCCCUUUCCGGAUGCUGAGAGAUGGCUGUAUCGAUGUGUUGAUUUGACUCCCAGCAACGAAUAUCACCAGGAUCAGCAUAAGCCGAAUUUAGUCGGUGAUGCUUUUGAUUACCCUAGUAGAUCAGCUAACUGGCUCCAAGGUUUUGUGAAGAUGAAUGAAGGUUUCCUCGAAAAGUAUAAACCUCUAACGACGCGAGAUGUUCACUGGACACGUGUGGAUUCAACACCAGCUGGCACCCCAUGGGCUGAACUCAUCAAAUUCUGUAUCGCAAGGACAAAGUAUUCCACUGACUGCAUCGGGAUUCUUCUGCGUGAGAUGCGUUCCCUGUGUUCCCAGCCAGACGGACCACCUUGUCUAGUCAUAAUCGAUGGCGUGAAUUUUCUUUGGUGCCGUGGGACAUUGUUGAAGGAUAAGGCAUUACAGUGCCGGGUCACUGUGGACCGCCUUGCAAUUGUACACCACCUACGACGUGCUCUUCAAGCUGAUUGGCGACAUGGAGCGAUUUUGACAUCACUGAAUAUCAGAGCUGCCUGGCCAACGGAUCGAGAGAAAUACACCCCUGGGUACGCUCAAUUGCCCGUUUCUCCACUUUCUCAGUUUUCUCAUGAUCUUGCAUGGAAGUUUUAUCAUCCAAAUCUUACCAAGGCCUGCACAGUCACCAUACAUUUCUGCUUCAUGAGUUCCGUUGCUGCGGCAACAGCACGCAGCGGUGCUUUGCACCGCCUUCGCCAGUGGCUCGAGAACACUAAGGUCCGUUUGAGGCCGGUUGAAAUGGGACAGAAUUUCGGCGCAAACUUCGUUAGCAGUGAUCCAGCAACAGGAAUGGCUUUGGUUUCUUUUCAGGAAACCAGCACAGAUGAGCUGAAUGGGAUCAUUUUGAGUGCUAAGUCAGCUCAGAGGCUUUGGUCAUCAGUAACCCCACUGGAGCGCUCCAAGGUUCUGCAUAACGUGGCAACACUGGUUCGGUCGGAAGCUGAAUGGUUGGCCGAAUUGGAAGUAUUGGAUACCGGGAAGCCUAUAUGGGAGGCACGAGCUGAUGUGGAUGCGUGUGCAGACUCCAUCGACCUAUUCGCUGGCUUUAUCCCGACUUUGUCAGGAUCACAUGUUCCGGUGCCACCGAACCCUGGCAGGUUGGUUUCGGUUGAUUUUAAGUGUAUCCUCGCUGUUUCGGACGUCGUCUUUCUCCCCUUUGGAUCCUCUUUCUAUGGUCUUUCCGGCGCAUUAUGCGAGGGUCUUCUGUUCAUGCUUCUAUUCACACGGAGGGAACCGUUUGGAGUGUGCGCUGGUAUUGGAGCAUGGAACUUCCCAUUUCAGAUGGCUGUUUGGAAGUCAGCGCCUGCAAUUGCUGCAGGAAAUGCCAUGGUUUUCAAGCCCUCUCCCCUUACUCCACUGACCGCUUCUCGCUUGGUCGAACUGUAUGUCAAGGGUGGUUGCCCUGAACAUCUUUUCUCCGUGGUUCUUGGCGGGAAUGAAGUUGGGCAGAAAUUGGUCAAUCAUCCUUUUGUUGCAAAGGUCUCUUUCACUGGUAGUGUUGCCGGUGGACGUGCUGUUCUGUCGUCUGCAGCGCACCGUAUCAUUCCGGGUACCGUCGAACUCGGAGGCAAAUCUGCAUUGAUCAUCAUGCCCGAUGCGGAUUUGGACGAGGCGGUGAAUGGGACGUUAAUGGCAAACUUUUACUCUCAGGGUCAAGUAUGCUCAAACGCUGCCCGAGUAUAUGUUCAUAAAACUAUUUUGAAGGAAUUCCAAGCGAAGUUGUUAUCUGCAGUAGAUUCUCUCCGUGUUGAUGACCCCUUCUGUCCAUCCACGUCAAUGGGUGCAAUGAUCACGGCGGAGCACAAGGAAAAGGUUCAGAAAUACAUUCAGAGUGCCAUUGCUGAGGGUGCCACGCUCCUGACUGAUGAUAAACCAGCCAUGUUCCCACCCGAUUCACCGCUUAUCUCGGGACACUUUCUAAGACCGUGUGUAUUGACAAACUGUCGCGAUGACAUGACUGCUGUCAAAGAGGAAAUAUUCGGGCCAGUUUUGACACUUUUGACGUUUGAGAGUGAGGACGAAGUCAUCCAGAGAGUAAACAACAGGUUUGUUCAUCUAUUUUUACGCGUGAUUAACCAUUGUGUAUUUUAGUGAACUCGGUCUGGCAGGUGGAGUGUUCACUCAAAACCUGAGCACAGCACAUAGGAUUGCAGCACUGCUAGAAUGUGGAUCAGUUUACGUGAACAGCUACAACGUAUAUCCACCUGGGAUUCCUUUUGGUGGAUACAAACAGUCUGGGUUUGGCAGAGAAAAUAGUCUGGAUACACUCCAUAGUUAUACACAGCUAAAGGCUGUGUAUGUGGAAGGCGGCAAGUUACCUCAUCCGUUUCCCAGAUAGCCACCAAAUUACAAGUGAUGAUUCGGCUAUGAUCGAGAAAUACCCGCGUCACUUUAUCAACUAUGAUCUGCGAUUCCUUCGGAACGCUAUAUUCGGAUUAUUGAAAUUAUGAUUUUUGUAAAUCUUUCAUUGUCCUUUUUUUAAAAAAAAUUGGUCCUAGAUCCCGGAACGUUCGUCCAUCCAGAUCCGCUGGCAAAAUGUGUGUUUAUCAUAUCAAACACCAAUACAUGAAAAGCUCAUCACAAUGAAAAAAAUCGAAUCAUUCCAAC